AUGCGAUUCAAGUGCGCAGCCAAAUGGUGGUAUGCGUUGAUCAACAAUCCCAGGUUCGUAGACAAUCAACUCUCCAAUUGCUUGCACAACAAUCAAUCAAUCUUUUUGAAGCGAUUAGUCCCUAAUAAGGACCCGAAUUCUAGCAAGACCGAAUCAGUGUUCUCAGUGCUUACUUUUUGCAAGGAUGCAGAUGGUGGUGCGCAUAGGUUUCUAUUGUCUACGGUGGAGGACAUCAAUGUUCCAGUUUCUAUGAGUGUAAUGAGUGGUGGUGAAGAACUUAGGAUUGUAGGCCAUUGUCAUGGAAUCAUUUGUGUACACGUAGAUAAUUAUAGUAAGGUGUUUUUGUGGAAUCCGGCAAUUCAGGAAUUCAAGCUUCUUCCCUCAGAGAAAUACUUUACGGAUUGGGAGUCCCUAGAUCAGCAGCGUGCCCCGUAUCGACCAUUAAAUAAUCGGCUCGAAUGGGCCAUGGGAUUUGGCUAUGAUCCUAUAUCUAAAGCUUAUAAAGUUGUUAGCAUUAUAUUUUAUGGUUCGCAAAGGCAUGCUCAUACAUUAUAUUCUGUGGUUAUUUAUCCUCUGAGAGUACAAGUGUACACGCUGGGAAGUAGUGAAGAAUCUUCUUCUUGGAGAGAGAUCAAGACUUGCUCUUUGGAAACAGAAACUACUUUCCUUUGGCCUGAAAGUUGUGAUGUUAGUGCAUACUUUGGAAUGUGGCUGAUGGAUGAUGAUUUUGGUGCUUGUGUUUGGACAAAACACGCAGGUUUUGAGCCCACAUCGAUCCCCACAAUGGACCUCAGGGAGGGCGGAUGGGUAUUGGCACUCUGGAAAAGCGAUGAGCUUCUUGUGGUUGACAAAGAUGGAUGCACAAUCUGCUAUAACCUCCGCACCGAUAACCGAAUGUCUCUUCCUACCAAAUUUAUAAACAUGAUGACUAUGCCUGUUGCAAAACUAUAUAGGGAUGUGCAUUAA